CCUACUUUACGAGUAAUUGCUACAGAACCUUUAAGAGCUAAAGAAGCACCAGUUAUUGUAGUCGGUGCCGGUGGUGCUGGUUUACGUGCUGCUUUCGGCAUUAAUGCCGCACUUGGUAAUAUGACUGAAGAUGAUUGGCGUAGUGACUGGCUUGGUGAUCAAGAUGCAAUACAUUAUAUGUGCCGUGAAGCUCCUGCUACCGUAAUUGAACUUGAACAUUUCGGUGUACCGUUCUCACGAACUGAGGAAGGCAAAAUAUAUCAAAGAGCUUUUGGUGGACAAAGUUUGAAGUUUGGACAAGGUGGUCAAGCUUAUCGAUGUGCAGCUGUUGCAGACCGUACUGGUCAUGCUCUUUUACAUACAUUAUUUGGACAAUCUCUAAAAUAUAAUACCAAAUACUUUAUCGAGUAUUUUGCACUUGAUCUUUUAAUGGAAGAUGGAGUAUGUCGUGGUGUCAUUGCUAUAAAUCAGGAAGAUGGUACUUUACAUCGUUUCCGUUCUCAUAAAACUGUAUUGGCCACUGGUGGUUAUGGUCGUACUUAUUUUUCAUGUACCAGUGCACACACAUGUACUGGGGAUGGAAAUGCAAUGGUCGCUCGUGCUGGGUUACCUUUACAAGACUUGGAAUUCGUACAAUUCCAUCCUACUGGUAUUUAUGGUUCUGGAUGCUUGAUUACUGAAGGUUCUAGAGGAGAAGGUGGCUAUCUUCUCAAUUCUCAAGGUGAACGUUUUAUGGAACGAUACGCCCCUACAGCCAAAGAUUUGGCAUCUCGUGACAUUCGUGAAGGUCGCGGAGUUGGACCUGAACACGACCACAUUUUCUUGCAACUUUCACAUUUACCACCUGAAGUAUUGCGUGAACGUUUACCUGGUAUUUCUGAAACUGCUGCUAUAUUUGCAGGUGUUGAUGUCACUAAAGAGCCUAUUCCUGUAUUACCAACUGUUCACUAUAACAUGGGUGGUAUACCAACACGAUAUACUGGAGAAGCAUUGACAAUUGAUGAAAAAGGCAAUGACAAGAUAAUUCCGGGACUUUACGCGGCUGGUGAAGCAGCAUGUGUAUCUGUCCAUGGUGCUAAUCGUCUCGGUGCAAAUUCUUUGCUUGAUAUUGUCGUAUUUGGUCGUGCAUGCGCUCACCAUGUUCGAGAUACUUUGGAGCCAGGAACACCACAUAAACCUCUCGCUCCAGAUGCAGGCACUCAGUCUAUUGCAAAUCUUGAUAAGCUUCGUAACGCGAAUGGCAAAUUACCUACUGCUGAUCUUCGUUUAAAGAUGCAAAAGGUUAUGCAAAAGGACGCUGCUGUUUUUAGAACGCAGAGUACUCUAGAGGAAGAUCAAGUGUGGGAAUCUUUCAAAGAUGUCAAAGUAUCUGAUCGGUCAAUGAUUUGGAAUUCUGAUCUGAUAGAAACUUUAGAAUUGCAAAAUCUAUUGACUAAUGCAGUUCAAACAUUGCAUUCUGCGGUGGCCCGUAAAGAAUCUCGUGGGGCUCAUGCUCGUGAAGAUUUCAAGGAGCGUAAUGAUGCUGAAUGGUUAAAGCAUACGUUAUCCUGGCAAGAUCAUCAAACGGGUGAAGUCACGUUAAAAUACCGAGAAGUAACACAAAAAACAUUAGACGAAAAUGAAUGUGCUAGUGUAAAUGAGGAAUUCACCGGAGAAGUCAGAAACUGCAAAAUUUAA